AUCUCUGAUUGGUCAGGACGGUUAGGGAGCGUCGGGUGAAUAGAGUGGGUUGAAAACAUAAAAUAAAAAAUGGCGAAACUCGGGCUGCAGUUUGGGCGUGAAAACGUCCCCCAGCGCGGGUUUGGUGUCGUUUAAUGAGCUGUAAGUUAUAAAGUUUACUUACGGAAACCUGCCGGAGAGGUCGGAUGAAGUCCGUCGAGGCACUCUGAGGGAUAUGGUUUUGGACAUGCUGACGUCUCCCCGAGAGCAAAUCCCUCCUCGUGUCACUCCGAUGAAGGAAGACCGCCAGAAUUCCCCCUCUGCCCUUUGUCCCAGCCACCGCAAUGGCCAUCUUCCUCAGGCUGUUCCCCACGCUCCUGUUUUACACUGCUCCGACGAUCCAGGAAGUUCCUCAGCAACCAGAAGUCCAAAGACGUCCAGGACGAGCCUCGGCGACGGAGCCGACUCUUCAGAACAGAAACUGUACUCGGAUAGAUACGGCACGGAAAGACCGCAAGACAGAGAGGAGAGUCGACUCAGACCGAUGGAAGAUAAACCCACAAGGUCCUGUAAACGCAAGUUGGACUUGACAUCGUUAUCUCUAGGCUCAAACGAUGCCGUUAAAUCCCAGGAUUCUGAGAAGAAAGGUCCGGAAAGUCCUCCACCGGCAAAGAGAUGGGUGAUCGGUCCUCUCUUCCAGUCGUUCAAAUCCAAGAUGGCGAGUUUCACGGAGAUCGUCAUGAGUCCUGUCCGGCUUUUCAAACCCAACGAGCUUCCGGCCGGGUCGGACAACGGACCUCCGUCUGUGACUACCGAGAACAAGGAGGAUGUAGGAACCGACGGCAAAGAAAACGCGUCUCCAAAAGAAGAGCGCAGAAAAUCGCCAGUCGUUCAGAGGCUGAAUUUUGACUCCGACUCAAUUACCGUGAGCGAUUCAGAGCAGAAUAAAGUUACGAUUUCGCAGAACGGGUCAGAACGCAGACGAGACUCGAUCCCAGAGCACGGUGGGACUUUUGGUUUGUUAAACCCCACAAGCACCAGAUCAACCAAUCAACCACAUCCGCUCUCUCACACGGUCACGGACCCCGACAGGACGAGCCUUAGAGAAGGUUCUGAGAAAGCAAAGCAGGAGUCGACCGUAUUGUGUGAACCCAAGUCGUCACGUGACUCAACAAAGCACGAAGGACAGGCGGAGAAAAGUGAAGUUCAAGAUCAAAAUCAGCCUUCACCCAAAAAGUUAAGGCUUCAAACUCUGGUUGGUGGAAAGAGGAAGAAAGGCAGAAGACUGGAGAGACGUGAACGAGAGGAGACGGUGGAACGUGUGGGGGAAAAAGGAACAGUUGGAACAUUGGACCGAGAGGAAGAGGAAUCUUCAGUGGUCACGCAGACCAAGACGUUGGGGAAUGAGACGCUGGUUCAGACUCUUAACCUGAGAAAGCCUCAGGUCUCAGUUAAUCGCAUUAGCAUUAGCAUGUGCAACAGUGGAGAUGUUCAAAUGUCAGGCUUAAGACCUUGUAAUUCCUCAGAGAGAGAGAGAGUCGGUCAGAAGCGAGCAUCCAGAAGUAGAAGUAAAAGAGAAAACGGCGCGAAAUGUACGUUAGUGGCCUCGGACUUCACGAGCGAUUCCACCACAGGUAUGUCUCCGGAUCGUCUCGGCACAAAUGGAAUAAAUUCUGCAGCAGCAGGUCCUCCGUCGUCAGGGUCCACGACCUGUGCGACAGGUAACCGCACGACUAGACGUCGUAAACAGACCAAACCGACCGAAGAGAUUAAACCCGACAUCACAGGAAGCCGCUGCGGUGAUCCGACAGAGCCUUUAAGGUCAAGCAACGGAGCAUCAGCUUCAAAACCGGCGCGAAGGAACAAUAUCUGUCGAGCAAAGCGGAAAACCGAGACUUCCGCUACGCCGACCGCUAAAAAAACGCACGUUAGGAAGAUGAGAAGAGUUAAAAGAGACGUGGAUGCGUUUGAAGAUCAGGGGAUGUCAAUGUCUCUGACGCUGAAGGUAGGAUCCGGAUUGGACGGGGAAAAGGACGCAAACUCUGUCAUGACCUGUGGAUUAACGACAAAGGGCAGGAAAACAGGAGAGGGCGCGAUUCACACGGACGCUUCCUGUCCAACACCUGAGGGUUGUUUUUGUGUGACAGAGAACCGGUUAACAGACGGAGAUGUCGAGAAGCCAGAGGCUGACCGUCAGACGAGGUGGUGUGUGUAUUCAGAGCAAAGAGAAACACAGGAAGAGCUAGAAAAUGACGACGACCCAAACGCAGGUCCGACGUCUUCAGGCUCGAACGGGCUCAAACGCAGCCUCUCCUGCCCAGACAUCACCUCGCUACAGCACGGUAACGUCUCCCGUACAGCUCCCGUCCACGACAAAACGCUUUAUCCUUCCUCUCCCCUGAAAAAGGGACCUCAUGUAAACGUAGACGUCCCGUCUCCGAUCAAGCGAACCCGCCGACACACAGUGUGCAGCCUAGAAAUGGCGCGAGAGAUCGCCCCCUUGUGUCUCCGCAAGGAAGUGUAUCCCAAAUGGGGCAGUGGUUCUAAUCAUUCAUACCCAAACUCUCCUUCCAAAUCCUUGGCGUUCCUCGUCUCCUGUUUUUUAUCGAGCCCGCUGGCGUUCCUGUCCAAGAAGUCGAGCCGAGGACACGACGACGACAGCGGAUACGGAGCCAGCGGCAGCGACCUCACCGCCGCGUCGUCGUCUUUUCCUUCGCCACCUUCUCUAAGUUCUCCCGCUACCUCUAGGGUGACCGGCGGAUCUGCUUUCUUCACCGACGCUCCAUGCGCUCGUGAUCAGUCCUCCCUGUCCUCACACUGCAGAACACAUCUGAUGUUUCCUCUUCGCAGUGUGUUCAAUGCCGUGUCGAUGGAGACCGAUGAAGGUGCGGUUCAGCAGGAAGGAAACAAGCAAAUCUCAGCUGUAUCGGAGGAGAAAGCUUUGUCUGACUCAGAGAUUAAGACUGACAACAAGCAAGUGGAACGGAGAAAAGUUUCCUCCAUCCGCAUCCGCAAAACUCUUCCCAAACCACAGUACAAUUUGACCCCGAUGGGUCUCCCCAAAGCCGUUAGGAUAAAGAAGAAGGUUUUUAGCGUGGAGGAGAUCUACACCAACAAGAACUUCAGCAAGCCUCCUGAAGGGCGCUUAGAGACCAUAUUCGAAGUCCCUCUCAGCCGGCGAGACGGUUCCCAGUCCCUGAUUGGUCCGAAACGGGUGAAGAGAUUUGUCGAGUUUCCAGAACUGGGCGUGGCCAGGAAACCGAGGAGGUCUCUGUUUGGUGGAGCAGGAGGGGGCGGAGCUCAGAGAAAAGCAGCAGGGAAUCCCGGGACCGGAAGAACCCGCAGAGGCAGAGAAGAAGUAGUGGUUCAUCUGCAGGACGUUGAUUUGCUCCUGUGCACAAAACUAAACGAACUGGAUGUGUGGAUGGCGAUGGAACAGAUGGUUUACUGAAACCUUCACGGUCUCGCUCGUGCUCGGGCUCGUGAUCGCGUACAUACGGUACGGACGCUCGUACGGCUUUAACAUGAGGGGCGGUCCGAUGGCUGCGAACGCUUCUAAAGUUUUCCUGAGGGAUUGAAGAGAGCAUUUAACUUCGUGUGAGAUUCCGUCACGUUCCUGUUCCAGACUUCAGUUCAUUCACAGAUGUAAUAACUGAUAUUUCUGUCUGAUCAACAGCUCGAUUCGGCGUCUGUCUCAGUGUCGUGUUUCACUUACAACACACUACUUUAUAGAGCAAAUACUGAUGCGUCGUACGUUCUGUUAGAAACCUGUGACCUAGUCACCGAGAAGCCGCCACACGACUCGCUCGCCAUGCAGGCGUUUCAAGUAUUGCGAAAGCUGUUGCUAGGCAACGGGGAAACGAACCCAAGGUCUGAGGAAACGUCUGCUCCUGAAGUCGUAAAUGCCACAAGAGUGAGCUGUUUACACGACGAACACGACUCCGUUUCACUUCGUCCGCUCCUCUCUCGUCAGAUAAAGUUUCAUUCGAGAACGAUUCGGAUCGUAUUCUCGUCAAGAUGUUCCUACAAAGCACUUAACGUCAAUGCGCUCGAUGUGAGGUUACAGCCAAUAAUCAGACGUCCGGUACCGAAUACGGAUGAAUAAAUAAAUAAAUAAAUCGAUGCACGUCUGCCGUUUAUUAGAGUCAUGAGGUUCCUGAAUAGUUCACUCGAUCUCUCAGGGAACGUUGUUGUUGUUGUUGUUGUUAUUGUUUGUAUAAACACUUUUGUAAAAUAGGAUUACAGGAUUCUGUUUAUCGUUUUUUUUAAUCCGUUAGCUCAUUUCCAGUCAUUUCUCUCACGCCGGACAAAAACAAGUCCCAUCACACCGUCCAUUGUGUUGUUAUGUGUUUAUUAUUAUUAUUAUUAUUAUUAUUAUUUUUUAAAGUUAAAUAAAUGUAAACUCACUUGUAGCUACAAGAAACUGGUGAAGGUGAAUUGUCUUGUGUUCUAUAUAUGUAUAUAAAACCUGUCUCUCUUUUUUUUUUAAUGUUUAUACUUAUUAAACUGAACAUUUGCUUGUAAACAGUUGGAACGUACGUUAUGUUAUUUAUUGUUCACGGUAUAAAAGUACAAAAUGUAAAACGUACAACAGAAAUAACAAAGUGUAUAACAAACGGAACACAGUCUCGCGCUUCGUGUCGGAGGGGAAACACGAGACCGUGAGCCGCUCUGACGCCGCACACACACACGCCGUGAUGCUCCGCGUGUACAGUAUACUGUGUCCUCGACAACAUACAGGCGUAAACAUAAAGGUUCUUAACGCUUCUUUUUACCCAUACAAUAACAUUCCGAUGGACUUCUGAUGGACUUCUGGGAUGUUUUUAAUCAGUAUAAAGAAGCGUCUGAUGUCGUGUCUGUGAGUCCGAUCUAAAAUAAAUCAGACUGUCGUUCUCUCA